AUGGAUCAAGGGGAGCGAGCGAUGGAGCCAUCAGCUGGAUUUCUUGCGAUCAUCAGGAGCGUGAUGAUGGUGAAGCUCAAGACUCUGGUUCGGGUGAUGUCCUUCAAGGCCUUCAAACCCUCGCACCCCCACUACAGCUGGCUCCAACGCUUCAAAGAUGCCGCCAAGCUCCAGGAGAAGACACUCACUGAUUAUCUACGGCAUGUCCUCCAACGUGAAGGACUGUGCGGGGUCGUCAAGAGGGCAUUGCCAGCGUACAUGGGGAGCGCGAUGAGCAGCAUGACACUUUACUCAGUGUACAGUGAGAUGCAGUGUCUCUCCUCACUUUCACAGUCUGUUUACUUCCGCGUCUCACAUCACCGCCAGACGUUCCGCGAGGUGAUGGGCUACGGAUGUGCUGCAGGUGCGGCUCACGGCAUCGUCUCGGCCCCCACCAAGAUCAUUCUCAACGCGUAUUACAAUCAGCCGAGAGGCUCGUCGCCCUCGCUCUCCCUCCCAGCCCUCCGCCGCCUCUUCCUCCCGAAGCACUGGUCCGCCGCGGCCAUGACGUUGCUCAAGGACUCACUUGCCUUCGGCGCCUUCUUCGGGGGGUACGAGGCUUGCAAGCAGACAAGCACGCGGCAGGUGGCAGAGCUGCUUGAGGGGCGGCAACUGCUGCUGGACCGUCACGUCGCUCUUGUGUCUGGCGCUGCCGUCCUCUCAGGCGGGUUUGCGGGUUUCUGCUACACGAGCGUCAAGUUUCCUAUCGGCUGGUUCCUCGAGCGCAAGCACGGAAGCAGGCCCUGGGUGAGGUUCCCCUCGCUCUUCUUCAAGGCAGCCGCUCUCUCCUCCCUGCCGAAUGCCUGCUCUUUCCUCGCUCUGGAGCUCUUCCUCCACUACUCUGGUAUGCGAAACAUCUCGUAG